AUGUCUCGUCUUCUUGCUUUCAACGUCUUCUUCUUCGCCUUCAUCGGUCUUUCGAUUGCUGCUCCAACCAAGGAGCCUUCCCUAUUUACUCAACUUCUCAAGGAACACGACGAAAUUCUCCCAUCUGAAGUCGUCGAAGCAUACAAGGCGUUGUCUGGAGAUGAGAAGGAGAAAGUGAAGGAUGUGUUCAAGAACUAUAAGGAUUUCAAGAAUGAAGAUGAGUUGAUUGCUGCUUUGAAGGCAAAGUCUCCAGAAUUAGGAGAGAAAGCUGAGAAGCUUCAAGCCAAGUUGCAGAAGAAGAUCAAUGGAUUGAGUGCUGAGCCAAAAGCUUUCAUCGAGGAGCUCAUCGCAGGAGGAAGAGGACUUUACGCUAGAUCUGUCAAUGACGAGAAGAUUUCCGCUGCCGAGAUCAAGCUUUUGAUUGAUACCCAAGUCACUUCUUACAAGGAGCUUCCAGCUGAGGCUAAGGAGGAGUUGAAGAAGACUUUCAGUGGAGUCGCCAAGUUUUUGGAGGACGACAAGGUUCAGACUUUGAUCGCUAAACUUCUUGAGAAGACCAACCAAGAGCAUUAA